AUGGGAGUUCGUUUAUCUAAAACUAAUCGAAAUAUAAAUAGUUUCGAUACAAAUUCGCAAUUUGUUUUCUCAUCAACUGGUAUACCUAAAAAAUUCGAUCGUGAGGAAGAAAAUCAAGGAUUAAAUCAUUGCCUUAUUAGAGAGCUUUUUAAAGGAAAUUUUUCUUCUCCGAUUAGGGAGAGAUUAAAUAAUGGCGGACUAACGAUAUUAGAUGUCGGCUGCGGUUUUGGUAGCUGGCUGUUCGAAAUGUCAUCAGAUUUCAAAAACUGUCAAUUUAUUGGAGUGGAUAUAACACCUCAACAUUUUAUUGCUAAUAAGCCAAAAAAUGUGAAUUUUAUCACUGCAGACAUUACUAAAGGACUUCCAUUUCGUGAAGAAUUAUUUGAUUUUAUUCACAUUCGAGGCAUAGUUCUUGAUUUACGAGAUAAAGAGUGGGAUUUCCUGAUACAGGAAUGCGUUCGAGUUUUAAAGCCUGGAGGCUAUAUUGAGGUAACUGAAUGCGAAACGAAAUCAAAAAAUCUCGGUCCUGAAAUGGAAAAGUUUGCAUUAAAAUUCAGAAGUUACUUUGCCGAAAGAAAUAUAAGCAUAUUAAUUGUUAAUAGAAUUGAAGAUAUCAUGAAAUCUAAUAACUUACAACAUGUUGUUCAUUAUGAACGUCCCUUUCCCGUUGGAACAUGGAAUAGUGAUUUUGGAAACGCGUUUCAAACAUUCAAUGUGGAAUUAUUGCGCUCUGUGGUAUCAGUAUUUGCCGCCCCAAAAGAUCGUGAUAGUCUGCUAAAUAAUCUUAUAGCAGAGUGCAACAACUAA